UGCCGAUCUCGCAUGCAUUCUAAUAGACAGUUAUCAAAGAGGAGGACCAUCAACAUCAACUUCAAGCAAGAGACAUGGAAUGCCAAUUCAAACCCUCUCGACCAUAGCACCAUCCAGUCAGUCCUCAUCAGAUAGAGAACACUGCUUUCUUGAGCCUGGUAUUGAAGACCUUUCCAUGGCAGACACAGAACAACAGACGCUAGAUGAAAGUUUUUCUAAGAUGAGUGUUCAUGAUGAGUCCACCUUUAGCCUGACUGAAGACGCUAAUGAUCUUCAAAACACAGUCAGAUGGAAGAAUGGACAGUCCAGGACUCUGUGCCCAGUACUGCACGUACACCACCAUGGAGAAUGAUACUAAGGAAAUCAUAUCUGUUGUGACUAUUGACAAAAGGCAGACCCAGCGAAACUCUGUCGUCAUGGAAAGAGAGGCUUUCGUAAGCACCAUGGACAAGCUUCUGACAGAAGUAAAGCUCACAGAAAUAUGUACGGAUGCUCACACUCUGAUUGCUUCUCUUAUGAAUCCUAGAUCUGGCAGAUACAAGGACUCUGGAGUACUUCACUCAUGGGAUAUGUGGCAUGGAGCAAAGAAUCUUGCCAAGAAGAUCACUGCAGCAGUCCUGCUGCAGUGGACAAAAGACAUUGUUAACCACUUCUGGUACUGUUGUAAGACAGCAGAGACGGAAGUGCAAUUCCGGAAACUGUGGAGCAGUGUGCUUCACCAUGUUACGAAUGAGCACAAAUGGUACCUUGGCCAUUGCUUGCAUGAUCGCCUGCCAGAAAAUCAAGAGAAGGAAUGGCUGGAGAGUGGGUCACAGGCUCACAAGGCACUAGAAACUAUUGUGCUCAACAAGAGAUGGCUGAAAGACGUGCACCGAUAUCUGCCUUUCAGAUCAAUCUGUCAGCUGGAGUCCUUUCACAACCACAUCCUGAUGUAUGCAAGCAAGCGUUUCAGUUUCUCGCCGUCCGUGUAUGAGGCAAGGACUCUCCUGGCAGCCCUGGACUACAACCACCAUAAAAACCGACCACCACUGUCUAACAAAGAGGGCCAAAUGAUCUUUCGUCGACAAUACCAAAAGAAAUCCGGGAGAUGGACUGUCUACUCCCUGAAAGUUGUGAAGGACUACAGCUACAUCCCUGAUCUGCAGGCAGCCAUUUUGAGGAAAAGACUGCAUUCUGAGAGGGGGUUGCCAAGGCGCAGGAUUCUACGUCCCGAUGACCCUAGGACACUCGGCCUCCUUCCAAAUGUUCCACCUCCGUCCAUAGACACCAUUAUUGAGUCCCAUGUCAGCAGAGGCCUAGGUAUGAAUACCUGGAAGUUUCAAUUGUGAAUACAUUUUCAGCAAACAAAUGUCAUCAGACUGUAAAAGAAGAAAUUUGGUAGGCUAAUGUUCGGUUUGAUUGACGUGUGUUAUGGCCCUGGUCUAUAUUUUUCUGAGAUGGCAAAUUAUACUGUUAUUCCUGUAUAUUUAAAUGCAAUGUAUUUUCUUCCCUCGUCAACUGAGCAAGCUGGACUUGAUUUUUUGUUAGGACACUUAUGCACCAAACUAUGCAAUUUUUCAAUGCAUUACAAGUGUAAAUAAAUAGGA